AUGCUGCUAAGGUUAGGACUACUCGUUUGCUGCACAACACUAUUGGAGACAGUGAUUGGACAGACGAAAGUGAUCAAUUAUAUUGAUAAUUCGAUAAUUGGUACACCGAAGGUAAUAUGCGCGGAGAACGACUUGGCAUUGGAUAUAGUCACUUCGAAACCAUUCCGCGGGAACAUCUUCGUCAAGGGACGCGCGAAGGAUAAGUCGUGUCGACAGAGCUAUGCGAACAAUGGAACCAAUUCCUAUUCACUCCCACUCGGGAAGUGCGGAAUGCAACGGUUACGAUCGGCCAACCCACGAGGCGUCAACUUUAUGGUUACUGUCAUUGUGUCAUUCCAUCCGGCUGGUUUUAUUACGAAAAACGAUCGGGCGUUCCAUGUGAAAUGCUUCUAUAUGGAGCCUGAUGAGAUUGUCACGCAGAAUAUUGAUGUUAGCAUGAUCCCAACCACCGAACUCUCCGACAGUAUGCAAAUGCCAAAAUGCGAGUAUUCCGUGCGUCGUGACGGUCCGAACGGCCCCACCCUCACCUACGCCAACGUCGGAGAUACCGUAUUCCACGUGUGGGAGUGUACACCGGCAGACAUGGGAAUGCUCGUCAAAAAGUGUUUUGUGACGGAUGGCGACGGUGAGGAUCACGCGGUCGUCGAUUUCGACGGAUGCGCCACCGAUCCGUUCCUGCUCAGCGAGUUGUCGUAUGACGCGUCGCUUAUGCGGGCCCAUGCGUCCAGUCAAGUAUUCAAGUACGCCGACUCGAAUCAACUCUAUUUUACGUGUCAGAUAAGGUUGUGCCAGAAACAGAUGGGCAUGUGUCAGGAGGUUACGCCUCCAAGUUGUGGUGUCAAAAAGUUCCUGGAAAGUGUGGACGAUGCCGGGAAUCGAACAAAAAGAGAGUCGCCAUCGGAUAAGAGUGAUUAUGAGAUCGACGUGGCCACAUCAGAACUGCUCGUCCUAGACCCUGCUGACCGUGGCCUUCUGGCGCCGUCGCCAUUUUGUGUACCACGUCUUCUACUCCCCGUCCUCCCACUCCUUCUCAUCACAAUCGUCUCUCUGACGGUCGUCUCCACGGCGUUAGUCAUCCGGAGACAGAAUCAUAAGAAGGAGUUGGAUGUGUUGCAGUCGAGCAGAUAUUAUUGA